UGUUAUAUGCACUCAAAACAAUGGACUUACUAUUCCAUACAAUGUUGCACCAGACGCUAGCUCAGCAACAGAUAACGACUUCUCGCUAACUCGUUGUUUACGCUUUAUUUCCUAGAAGUGCUCUGUAAGCACACCAAUAGUAUAAAUAGGCCUUGCGCCCAUUUCAUGUCGUUCAUUACCCGGCUAGGCACCGUAACAGUCACUUAUGUAAACUUUAUGUUCAAUACCCGGUUAGACUCCGUAAAUGUCACAUUUGUAAACCUUUGUAUUUUAUAUGGACUGAAGCUUCAGUCCUCAAAUAAAAUUUUUUAAAAAGUUAUUUUUAAAUCUAAUGAUUUAAGAAAUUGGUGUCAGAGAAGUGGGAUAGCUUCAACGCAUUAGAACACGUGCAUACUAACUAGUGUGGUGGAUGCCUAUCCUUUAAGCUGAAAAGGACCAACGAGCCUUAAGAAGAAAGAAACCCAUUGAAGAAAGAAAACUACAAGUAAGAAACUACAAAGCAACAAGAAGAAAGAAAACAACAGGGGAUACAGCGAGCAGCAGCCACCCAACUGCAGACAGACUACUGGAAACAUCGCAAGAGAUCCACUAGCCGCCUGGAGAACACGACUGCCUCCCGAUGUACCCUUGGUGCAGUCUGCUGUUUCUUGCGGCUGUCACAGUCCAGAUAGACAUCAAACCGCUUAACAACACCUUAGGUAUCUAUUUUCAUGAAGACACCCCUCUUAAGAUUUCCAACGAAAUUUGGACACUCCUUGUAUAUAAAGACUUAGAACUCAUUAAGAAAGCACUUGACGAUAACAACAAUAUUCUGGAACACUUAUCAUAUCUCGUAGACAAACCCACCAAUCGUAUGAAAAUGUUUAGUGGUGAAAUUAAAGCUCAUACAAGUCUCCUUUAUCAAAUUUCUCGUUCCUUGGAAUCUAAAUAUUACGCGAUCUUCGAUGACACUGUAAGCGCAUCGCGGAUGAAACGCGGUUUGAUUAACGCUAUAGGUACUGUAUGGAAAGCAAUAACCGGCAACCUCGAUUCAUCGGACGGUGAAUACUAUAACGAUUGUAUUAACAAAAUUUCUAAAGAUGAACAUGAGCUCGAAAACCUCAUGAAGAACCAAAUUUCUGUUACCAUGUCGGUUAUCAAGAAUUUUAAUAACACUAUUCAAAAACUUAUGAUUGAUGAAACUACGUUUAAUGAAGAUAUUAAGGCUAUUGAAAACAAAAUUUAUGAAAUUUCAGACGAUCUUGCAUUUUAUGAAGCUAAAUUCCAAUUUUUAGAAGUUUGCGAACAAUUAAUGGAAAGCUACAUGUUUCUGGAAGAGACAAUUAAUGAUAUUCUAAAUUCAAUUACUUUUGCACGUUUAAAAAUAAUACAUCCUUCUAUUAUCACUCCUCAAGACUUAGUAAAUUCUCUUCAAGAAAUUUCUCACACUUUGUCGAGAAAUAAUUUACCCCUUCCGGUUAAUUUAGCAACAGUGUCAGAGUACCUUAACCUUAUGGCACUCGAAGCAUAUCAAACUAAAACAAGAGUAGUAUUCGUUCUACGCAUCCCGUUAUUAGAGCCCGAAAUGUAUACUUUAUACAGAGUGAUUCCUCUACCCACUCUCGAUAAACGUACUGGUUUGUUUCAUGUAGUCUCCACUAUACAGAGGUACAUUGCUAAAGAUAGCGAUUCUCUUUUGUACGUUUCCUUUCAAAACUUAGGUAGUUGUAAAGUUCUUCAGUCUCAGGUGAAAAUCUGUUUCAACCUCUUGCCGUAUCCAAUAGACAGUAAUGCAGUCUGCGAAGCACAGUUGUUGCGAAAUCCGGUCGAUCUGCCGACAGCCUGCCAAAUAGCAAUUGUGGCAUUGCAAGAUUACACAAUCCAAGAACUUGCAACCAAUUUUUGGCUAAUCACCAUAUCUAGCCCUCUGCCAAUUACGAUGAAGUGUGGACAACGAGAGACUACCACCAAAGUAAUAAAAGUUAAUUCACUUUUAAAAAUGCAGCCCGAAUGCAGUGGCUUUGUAGGCACCACGAGAUUACAUUCUAGAUAUUCUGUUAGCACCUACAAGAAUAUCACAUACAAAAGUCACCCUGUAGAAGUACCCUACAAAUGCUGUGAACAUCUCCCAGAGAAACAAAAUUUACCAAAAUUAAAACCGAUCAAGCUAAGCAAGAUCGAUACUGAAGAACUCGAAAUUGCCAAUCACAAAUUAAACCAAUAUUCUGAACAACUGGACAAAAUUAUGAACGAGCCGUUUGUUUCGAGACAUCUCUCAUGGUUCACGUAUUUUGUCAUCACCCUGUUAGUUAUCAUCGUAGCUUUGUACCUGUUCUGCAAGUGCAGAAAACGAAGACCACUCAGCAUCUGCGCAUCAAAUUAUCCAGCCGAUGGCCCAUCUCCAGGAGCACCAAAAGUCCGGUACAUUCCCAGACUUUUUCCUCGACGUAGACCAACCAUCCAGCCACAUGAACAAGACAUCGAACUGCAGUGAGUGUUCCGUGAAGUGUUUUCGCUGUUCAAAAAAAAACCCAUUUUCAAUUUUCGUGUUAUCUUCCAUGUAAUUUUGCCCGUACGACUGUACGAUUGUAUCUUAUUAUUUGUUUGUUCCAGCUUUGCUUUUAGAUGUUAUUUUGCAUCGCCAAUGUACCGCAUUUAUGCUAACAAUUUUAUUUUUCAGAAUCUAUAUUUUCUGAUGUUAUUUUGCAAUUUUAUUACUCCUACUUUUAUAUUUUUAUAUUUUACAAUGUUUACAAUUUACAUUUCUACAUUUUUACAUUUUUGAAUUUUUACAUCUUUUACACUUUUCUAAUUUUGUCAAAAGUUGUCGCAUGGCAACAACUUUUUGUAAUAGGGGGAAGUUGUUAUAUGCACUCAAAACAAUGGACUUACUAUUCCAUACAAUGUUGCACCAGACGCUAGCUCAGCAACAGAUAACGACUUCUCGCUAACUCGUUGUUUACGCUUUAUUUCCUAGAAGUGCUCUGUAAGCACACCAAUAGUAUAAAUAGGCCUUGCGCCCAUUUCAUGUCGUUCAUUACCCGGCUAGGCACCGUAACAGUCACUUAUGUAAACUUUAUGUUCAAUACCCGGUUAGACUCCGUAAAUGUCACAUUUGUAAACCUUUGUAUUUUAUAUGGACUGAAGCUUCAGUCCUCAAAUAAAAUUUUUUAAAAAGUUAUUUCUAAAUCUAAUGAUUUAAGAUAUAUGUAUCAUGAAUGCUAGAAUAUGUUAUUAACUCAAGGACUGCUAAGAAUAAGCUAAAUAAACUCAGAAGAUAGACACCUGAAACGCAUAGCUUAUUUACUCGACACAAACGCAGUGGUAGAUUUUAAACUAACUCUGACUGGCAAUUCUUUAAGACCACCAUUUUAUAGUCUGCCAAUACCCCUGUUAAGAAAUUCUCGCAGCUGAAUUUAAAAGUCUCAAACAUUUAGUGGUAAUAAAUCCUUGCACUGAUUGUGCUUCCUGAAAGCUGUUUCUUGUAAUCUUUAUCUGUUUUCGAAAAAAUUGCAACAGCGACAGAUCAUAAUAACUGCGUUCCAAGACUAGCAAUAUAAGUAUUCGAAGCAUACUAUUUAGGAAUUUCAUCUGAUGUAAGCAUACUCAUAAUUGAUUUGCAAGUUGAAGUGGGUAUUAAGAAGAAGGAAGUCUUUGUUUUAAAUUUGGACUGCUUGGUAUGCUUCUCUUUAAUAGCUUUAUUGCUAAAUACACUCUUGUACCUUAGACUGAUUUGCC